AUGAAGUCCUUCGUCUUCCCUAUUCUUGCUCCCCUUCUCCUAUGUGCAAUACCGCCUGUUACCUCCCAAUCUUCAAAUCUCCCCUCCGUUCCUCCAGGCAUCUUCACCGUCAGCACUCGCAUAGAAAUCAAGACCACCACCUCUUUAACAUGGCAAGCGCUCACAAACUUCCCCUCCUACCCUGAUUGGAAUCCCUUUGUCCGCUCCGCGAUCGUAAUCACCCCCGACAACCUGACCGUCCCAGCCCAACAACCCCUCGAAAACCACCUCAUUCUCUUCUCUGUACAAACCCCCCCUCUCCCCCUCCCCGUAACCUCUUCCACCCCCGCCAACCCCCUCCACGCCCAGUUCGCCCUCGAAAACAUCACACACAUGCAACCUAAUUUAGGUCGUCUCGCCUGGAAGUACGUUUCCCCGUCUACGUUGCUCGACUCGGAACGAUGGCAAGCGAUUAGUGGUCUUGGAGACGGGGUGGUGUUGUAUGAAAGCCGGGAGGUGUUUUCGGGGGCUGUGGCGGGUACAGUGAGGGAUUUGUAUGGCAAGGGGUUGCAAGAAGGGUUUGAGGCGCAGGCGAGGGGGUUGAAGAUCUUGCUGGAGGGGGAAGGGGAAGGAAGGGUGUAG